AUGACCAAGACCAGGAAUCAACUGCUCCUGGAAGAAACACCGCUGAGUAAAGUCCUGCCAGAGGAUACCGGCUCUUUGCCGUCAUCGUGAGAGCCGGUGGGAUGUAAAACACCGUUAUCGUUAGCUGGUGGUGAUGAAGGCAGGUUGUCGGACAUUAACUAAACUAACGUCUUUCUGUCAGUUGUCUUUUCCGUUGUGUCUCUUAACGAGUCAUUUACUAACCGUCAGCUACCAGGUUAGCUCUCCGCUGUAGCUAGAUAGAUUAUUACCAUGUUUUUAUCGCAUUUGGAGCUGUGGAGAACAUACUGGGAGUGUGUUUCCAGACCUUACACGGUGUUCAUCUGCUCCCUCACGGCAGCACUGUACUAUCUAUGGGGCCGCAAGUGUCAGACACCAGCUUUAGUUUGUAGUGAGGCUUUCAGUGUGUUCCUCCACAAGCACUGUCCUGUGGUGGCUGAGCGCUUCAGUCCCACUCCGUGGUGCUGGGGAGGCCGUUUUCAAACCCUGGUCUGUGCCGUCCUCAAGUCCAGACCCCCCGUCGCCUAUCGCAAUGAGCUGAUCCGUACGGAUGAUGGUGGUCAGAUCUCGCUGGACUGGGUGGACAAUCAGGCCAGUGCGGCCUACCCAAAAUCCUCUACCCGCCCCACAAUCCUGAUCCUUCCAGGCCUGACAGGGAACAGCAAGCAGUCCUACGUGCUCCACGCCAUCAGCCAGGCCACCCGCCGCGGCUACAGGUGUGUGGUCUUCAACAACAGGGGGGUUGCAGGGGAAGAGUUGUUGACGCCUGUCACCUACUGCGCAGCCAACACCUCAGAUCUUGAGCAUGUAGUGCAACAUGUCAAAGGACUCUACCCACAUGCCCCUGUGCUUGGUGCUGGUGUGUCUAUGGGAGGCAUGUUGUUGUUAAACUACCUGGGCCGUAAGCGCACAGAGUCGGGGAUGGUGGCGGGGUUCACCAUCUCUGUCCCCUGGGAUGCGCAGAAAUCCUCCGAUUCUAUGGAAGAACCACUCAACUGGCUGCUCUUCAACAAAUACCUCACAAGUGGCCUGUGUCGUGCUGUCACCAGGCACAGGAAGAUUCUUGAGAAAGUAGUGGAUGUUGACUAUGUCCUGAAGGCACAGACGAUCCGUGAGUUUGACGAACGCUUCACCACUUUGCUUUUUGGUUAUAAAUCUUGUACGGACUAUUACCGCGAUGCCAGCCCGGACAAAAAGCUCCCCAACACAGCGGUACCCAUCCUGUGUCUCAACGCUGCUGAUGACCCCUUCUCUCCCCAAAACGCCUUCCCGUUGACCAUAGUCCGGAGCCUGCCUAACGUCGCCCUGUUGUUGACGGCUCACGGUGGACACAUCGCCUUCCUGCAGGGUUUGUUUCCCCGCGGUGAGAGCUACAUGGAGCGCCUGUUCGGCCAGUUUGUCCAAGCAGUCUUUGAACACCCGAGCGACAUCAACAAAGCCUGUGGCAUCGAGGAGGAGCAGAGGAGCUGAUCCUUUUGUACUCUGAACCUCACUGAAGAACAGACUCACGGCCUGCUGUGAAUGAGUAUGAAGUCACUUGCAUAAUAACAGUAGAACAAUUCACACACACACAAAAAAGAAAGUAUUGCUUAGCUCUGCGUGCUGUCAUGCUACCACACAAAUGUUGCGCAUCCUUUGUCUACGCACCGAGAGUGACCAGCUGUAUUGUACAAUCAUUAUGACCUCACUGCAACUCUGCCGAUCUACCUCCUCAUUGUCUCAGGUUUACUGUCAAUGAACAAUCCAAGAAGGUUCGAAACAAGUGGACAGCUCUGAAGUCGAGCUGUGGAUGCUUUUUUUCAUUAAAGAAAUCUCGCAGCCAACUAAUAAGCUGAUGCCUAAUAUUGCUGUCAUAUUGUUUCACUCUCCUGCCGCCCCACCUUCACACAGAGCACUGUAGUGUGUAUUGAAAACAAAAUGAAAAGAAAAUGAAUCCUUGUUGGAAAAUGAGUUCUUGGAUUUUAGGCUAUUUAAUGUUAUUUAAUUAGAAAUGAAUUAAAUAUGUAAAUUAGAAGAGUAAUAUUGUACUGUUACUUUUUCCUCUUGUCUCCUUUGCGUCUUUGGUUUUGUAAGACUUGUUUUUCUUGAAGUGUGAGAAGCCUUAAAGGAUUUAUUACACUGCCCCAUGUUUUUCCCCCCUGCAUGCAUUCUUUACAUCCAGUUUUUCAAUGCACCACCAGACCACACUAGAGGAAAUCCUGUUCACUUGUUAGAGCUGUCAAUCUCCACCUGGAAACACUCACACAGCAGGAAUAUACUGUACACAUCUGCCAUGAAGAAAAGACUUAUGCAAUUGUAAGAUCUAGGUUUAUCAGCUAUGUAAUUAAAAAAAAAACUAGAUCAGUGAAAUGUAAAACUAAAUGUCAAAGUAUUGUAUGCUUGUAUAGGCUUUUGCAAUAUGCUUGGUUGCUAUGUAAAUCAUGCAGCACAUCAGAGGUAAAUGAGCUGACACUGUAAAGCUCAGUGUGGCACUUAUUACCUAGAUAUUUUUACCUGCUGUCAAUAAUAUAAAUAUCUGGUGGUUCUGAAUUUA